AACGUCAAAUGCCUGCAAAUUACAACAAUAAUAAACAAUGAAACUGAAUAAAAAUUGUAUUAGCAACAAAUAAACCCAGUAAAAUGGAAUUAUUUAGAUCAGAGCAAUUUUAUAUAUUUGUAAGAAAUGAUUCAAGUCUGUGGUGGAAUAGACUUACUGGGGCCUUUUCUGUCAGAUCAGCAUGGGAUUUAUCUGACAUCGAUGAUAUAGAAUGCCUAGGGAUCACAGAAGGCAUAAUAGGUAAAGUGGAACACUCCAAUGUAUUUGAACCGCGGCUAAUGAUAAUAAAAGAGAGUGUUCCAAUUGGUCAGAUUUAUUUUCAUCACACCAUCUACAAAAUUAAGUCAAUAUGUUUUCUAAAUAUGGGAGUAACAAAUCAAGAGCUAGACUUAAGUCCGUGUACGAAGCAUGGGUCUUCCAGUGCCAUUGCAAAUUCUGCUAGAUCUUUGAACAAAAAAAUGGGGGCUCGCUUAUUCGAAAACUCGGCAUUUCUGAACAAAACAGUUGGAGCAGUAAAGAAUGUUAGUAACACAAUCAAAUCUACAACACAGCAGGCUGCCACACAGGUGAAACAGACAGUUAAGAAACAGAGGGAUCCAAAACUUGCAGAACGGUUUGAGAAGAGGCUCACUGAUGAACUUCACAAGAUUUUUGACGAUUCGGACAGCUUCUAUUACUCUCGGACACUGGACAUCACAAACAGUCUCCAACGACAAUAUGAGAUUGAAAAGAUGAUUGAAACUGAAGAGGGAGCGGCUAAACCUGUCAUGGAUAUAACAAAAUGGUGGAAAUAUGUAGAUGACAGAUUCUUCUGGAAUAAGUACAUGCUGAAAGACAUUAUUGCGUUGGGCAGUCCAGAAUGCGACCAGUGGGUGCUCCCAAUCAUCCAGGGCUACGUCCAGCUGUCACAGAUAGCAGUGGAACCGGCUGAUGUGAAUCCGCUAAACACAGAGUCACUGAGCAAUGCUAACUCAUGUGAUGAGACUUUUACACUGGCUGUUAUAUCUAGGAGGUCACGGUACCAAGCUGGGACAAGGUACAACCGCCGAGGAAUCGAACCAGACGGCAAAGUAGCCAACUACGUUGAGACCGAGCAGAUCGUCUCCAUCAUUUGUUCCGACAGCAUCCACAGGGCUUCCUUUGUUCAGGUGCGCGGUUCCGUGCCUAUAUUCUGGAGUCAACCGGACUACAAAUUCAGACCUCCCCCUCGACUUGACAGAACCGAAGAGGAAUCCCACGAAGCCUUCGAGAAGCACUUCAAAGAGGAACUAGAGAAAUACAAACAAGUCUGCAUAGUGAACCUGGUGGAGCAGCAGGGGCGCGAGCGCAUCAUAUGGGACGCCUACAGCCACCACGUGCUGAAGUACAACAGCCCGGACGUUAUAUACGCCACGUUCGAUUUCCACGAGUAUUGCCGCGGCAUGCAUUACGAGAAUGUGAGCAUUCUGAUAAACGCGAUCGCUGACAUCAUCGGCGAGAUGCGUUUCUGUUGGCGCGACGACCGCGGCCUAAUCUGCAGCCAGAACGGGGUGUUCAGAGUCAACUGUAUCGACUGUCUCGACAGGACCAACGUAGUUCAGACGGCCAUAGCCAAAUACGUGUUGGAGCUGCAGUUGUGCCGGCUGGGGCUCGGAGCCCCGGGCUGCGGCCUGCCGCCCGCCCUGCGCAACGCCUUCCUGGCGAUGUGGGCCGACAACGGGGACGUCAUCUCCAGGCAGUACGCUGGCACUAAAGCACUUAAGGGCGACUACACACGAACCGGCGAACGGAAACUAACGGGAAUGAUGAAAGAUGGCGUCGCAUCCGCCAACAGAUACUACCUGUCAACGUUCAAAGACGCUCUACGGCAAGUGGCCAUAGAUGUGAUGACAGGCGAGUCGCGGUCUAUCCCCACACAGCUCAUUGUCCAAGAGGGCGCCGCUGUCUGCACCACUGUCAAGGACGAACCGGCGCCCGACACAGCGGCGAUGGCCCAACACGUCAAGUCCCUGAUAGACGACUGCAAGAAACUGCUGGUUGACACAGAACCGGUCCUGGGUUCAUGGGGGCUCAUCGAUGCGGAUCCAUACACUGGCGACCCACAGGAAACGGAAAUGGACAGCGUUUUAGUUCUAACCAACGAGGCUUACUACGUGACCGAUUACGAUGAGACGUCUGACCGCUUGUUGAGCGUGCAAAGGGUUCCGUUGCGUGACGUCACACACGUGGAACUCGGGACGUACGAUUCUAACACCACGAUAUUCGGCGUCGGCCGCAAAAGCGCCAGUGAACCAGUGUACUGCAUCAGGAUAAAUUACACUUGUAACGGUGAAGCUGGCUACUUCCACAUGUUCCGCUCCACUUCGCUGCGAUUCUUCAACAACAUGGCCGUCGUCAUCAAUACUAAGGACGAGAUGAUUGAAUCUAUGCACUCGAUCUGCGAGUCCAUACUGGUGGCUCGAGAUGUUGCCCAGUUGCCGCCGGUACCUUUCCACGAGGGCGUUAAAUUGGACCGCAAGAAAUCUAAGACCCAUCCGUCCCAAGCUUCGUCAGGCAGCACAAGAUCUUCGCUCUACGUCGAUUUGUCCCGGCUGCCGUCACUUACUAGGAACGUGAGCGAAACUCAACUGGUGGCUGAUAUACGGAGCGUUGGAUCCAAAGCUCUGAACAACAUGUCGGAACAAUUCAGUAAACUAAACAAACUGAGCCAUUCUUUGAACGCCCGCGCGAGACCCAGUCUCCAACUGAAAUUCGACCAAGGCACCUCCCGUACUAAAAAGAUCUUCACCCUGGGUAACAAAACGGAGAAGAAAAAGGGCAGCCUUUCAGAUGGCAUGAGUUCAGAUUACUCUUCAGACGACGAGAACAGAACAAACAUAUUCGAGCCCACUUUGGACAAUUUCGAAAACACCCAACAUUAUAUAGGAAAAACACAAAAAACUGAAACUGACGACUGUGACUUGAUUGAAAAUCCACUUUACACUUCCAAAAUCGAACCGGAGAAAGAAGAGUUCGUGCCGACAGAUAUAGUAACGACGAACACACAGACAGUCAAAACUCCGAGCAAUAUGAACAAAAUUAAUCCGUUCGACGUCGAUAUAGAGCGGACCACGCCCGAGAUCAAAGUGGAGGGGCAGAGCGAGAAGGCGAUACCUCCUAGCUCGCUCUUACUGUCUCAGAAACUAUCUCAUAGUUCGAGUGAUAUUAACUAUGAGGAGAGUGUGCCCGAGGGCAGUUUCCACGUGCGUUCGAACUCUCAGCACGAAAUCACGCUGAAUAUAGCGCAGUCUCAUAGCGAGUCAGCGCUGAAGCAGCUGAAGAAUAUAGCCAGUCCUGUGUCAAGUGCGACUAGAGAUAUGGUUCUAUCGCCGCUGUCUAAGUUGGCGAAAGGCGUGCAGUCGCUGGGAGCCAACUUGGAUCCGAGGAAGAUUAAGGGCUCAACGGCGGUAAAACACAUAAGCGAGCAACAAUACGAGGAACACAGGAAACUGCAAGAGAAAUGGCGCGAUUGCAACACGCGCCUUGUCGCUUUGUAAUGUCAGCUGUCACUGGAGGACGGUGUUGCCAGGUGAAAAAAAAACACCCAUUUAGUAGUUUCUUAAUUAUCGUCGAACACGGUAUAUUUAGAUUGGUUUGACAGUUAUAAUUCCGGCUUGGCUUAUUGAAGUUAUUAGCCACAUACCUAUUGUAUUUUUUUAUUGAAAAUAUAAACAACGCUUUUAGUAAGCAAAUCAAAUAGAUUUUGAACCAUAUUAUAAAAACAUUUGGCUUAGUUUUUAUGACAACAACUAUAGCCUUUAAGAAACUUAAUACAUGCUGUCAGGAUUCAGUGAGAUUUUAAUUAAACGAAAUGUUGGUAAGAAAUGGGCUUUGCAAUAUUUUCAGUCACCGAAUGCCGUCAAAAACUUAAGAUCUGUCUGCCCAAUGUGUAACAUUGUAAUCCUGAUUUGAUGAUAAACAUUUUGACAUAUUUUAAGUUUUAUGUAGGUUUUUUUCCAGUACUAUUUUGCCAGUAUUAAUAGUUCCAAUUUUUCUGACUGUUGAUAAUUUUAUAAAUAUUGUUUGUAUAUAUGUUGACGUAUUAACCGAUAUUUUUAACUUCCAUUUUCUCAUUAGAUCCAAUUGGUCCCUAUUGAAUCGAAUCCAUGAUAAUAAUUUACAAUUUUAUUAAUAUUAUUAUAUACGAUUUUAAAAGUUUAGCUAAUUUUUAAUGUGUGGUUUUGAUAAAUUGAUUUUUAUUCGAAAUUGAGUGGAAUGAAUUGGAUAAUUGUAUAGUUUAGUAAUUUUUAUUCAGUUAUAAUAAUAAAGGUAGAGUUGCGUUAGCAGUGUCGUGCUAUAUUGUAGGAUUUUAGGGCAUUACGACAAAAAAAAUCGAUGUUACUGUAAUAGCUAAAAAAUAUAUAUAAAAUAUAUGUACUAAUAGAUACAUCUAUGUAUUUAAAAGCCGAUAGUCUUGUCUAUAACACUUGGCUCUUUGAAGAUUCGCCGGACCGUAGUCUAAAAAACUUGAAUAACGUGUACAUUUUUGUAAUGGAAUUGGUAUCUUGCUAGUAUUUUUUUAUAAUAUAAUCGUUUAAGUUUAUGUAUCACAUUGCUGGGUCAAGACUAAUAAUUAUAUCAUUAUUGUCAGCGAGUUACUAUUUAUACGCAUUCUCGCUAAAAUACGAGUAGUGCCCGAAAUAAAAAAUACGUCCGUCCGUUCGAAAAUGGAUCGGAAUGUCUUAAAAUAAGGCACACAAUCCUUAAAUGUAAAAUCCUGCUCAUACACAAUGUUUUAUAUUCAAGGAUUGUAUGCAUUAUUGCAGAACUGUAAGAACUAUUUUUGAAUGUUGCUAUUUGGAAUGCGUAUUUUUUUUUUUUUUGUUUAAUAUUGCUCUCUGUGAAACUACUAGAGUUGAUUGAAGUUAUUUAUACUUUUGUCAAUUCGUCUUCAAAGGUCGCUAAUGUGACAUCUUGACCUGCACUGCUUGUAAAUUUUAAUAUUGCAAGCUAAAAUAUAAUAGGUAACCUUGCUCUCUAUUGGCUACUUUUUAUCAACUCAGUGAUGUAAAAACACAAAAACAUUCCUUAGAAUUAUCUUAUGUACCAUAAAUUCUCGUAUUGUAAUAAAAUAAUAUAACAAUGGAUAGACCGUUAAAUUGUCUAACUUUUAUUAUCGAAGAUCAUUUUUGGGGAUUUUCUUUGCAAACAAUAGAUUUAUUAAUAUGUACUUUUAAACUUCCGCGUUGCAUGAUUUUUAAUGUAUGCAAACUGACAUUAGUCAUCCUGUGACCACUGUCGAUGCAACUCGAAAAAAUGGUAUGUUCGCGGUAAUUCCGGUAUGCCUACAUUAUUAAAUUUAUUGGGCUUAAUAAUAUACUCUUGGGCUGGCCCUACAAAAAGACAAACUGCCAAUAUUUAUAAGUUAAAUUGUUUUGUAUGUCACCUUAUUUUUACCUUUUUAUUAAUUUUUUCCAAAAUAUUUCUCAUUCCCAUUGCAGUAUUAUUCAUAAUAUAAUAAUUAUAAUCAAUAAAACAUGUUUAUUCAUUCAAAAAUGUUUAAUUAUAGUAAUAUGUUUAGAUUGAAAGCUUUGUUAUUUGUACAAAUAUUAUAUUAUUAUCUUUCCACGGGGUAAACAAAACCUAAAUUUGUAAACACAGAAGCCACUUGAAGUUUCCACUUGAAGUCACUUUGUAGCCACGAUGAAAGUAAUUCUGUAAUAGUUGUUAUAUCUCAAAUAAUAACUUAGCGAGUGUGAAAAUAGGACUAUAGCUAAGUUAGGCUGUAUGGCAUCCUUAUGCUGUCCUAACACGCUUAUUUCAAAUUAAAAGUUAAGCUUUUAGAUCUAUAUGUCAAUUAAUUAACUUAUGUCAUUUGACAGGAAAGAAUCCAAAUUGACAAGUUUUUUUUUAUAUUUUAGUGCUAGUUUCUAAAAACAGUAACAGCUUGGGAAGCCCGCUGUAAAAGAAAUAAAAGUUUAAGUCAAAACUUCAACAUAUUAAAAUGUUUCAGUAUCUUGUGUUACCAUUAACAGGCGUAUAUUAAAUACUAGCUUUCCGCCCGCGGCUUCGCCCACGUGUAAUUCGGUUAUAUAUAGCGUUUUUUAAUGAUCUCGACAGGGCUUUUUCUUCCACAGGCUUAAAUCUUGUUACAACUGGAAUUAAAUAUAGCCUGUGUUACUCAGGGAUGAUGUAGCUUUCUAAUGGUGAAUGUUUGAAAUCGAUUCAGUAGUUUCGGAGUUUAUGGAUUACAUGUGUAAACAAACAAACAUAUAAAAAAAUAGAUUGUUCCUCUUUAUAAUAUUAGUAUACAUACAAAUCUAUAUAGAAAAAGUAAAGCGAGACAAAAUCAUCGUCUCAAAAGAAAAAAAAAAAACAGGAUUUAUAGGACGAAGAGGCCUUACAGGAUUUCCUUGUAAACAAUAUUUUUAGUUUUUUUUAUUAUUUACCAGUAUGAACAGGUUAGAGUGAGAGCUGACACGCGAGCAAGCAACAUACAGUUGUCCGUGAGAGAAACAAUCUUCUCUUAAAUCAACACCAGCGACUUUAAAAGUUUGCCCUUGAGACUUAGGUAUUUAUCGUCAUCGCAAAGCAAACUUUUUUCGUUUUGUUUUUCCUGGUAUUCCAGGGAAAUCAAGGGCAAACCUCAAAUUUACAGGCAAUUACGUUUUUGACAAUUUCAUAGAUCUGUUUAAGUAUUUGCGUCUGAUAGUCAUCAUCCCAUGUGAAUGAGCUGAUGAUGGAAGGUACAACUCCUCAACGGUUAGGAGUUGAAAGAAAAUUCUUACGAAGUUAUACGUACAUGUGAGGCUAUUAGGUUGACCUGAUAAUAAAAAGUAAAUCUCAUUAACGUUAAGAAUUUAGGUGAAAAUGGAUGCGGACAAAUUUCGUCUCUUCACUUGUUUCCUUUUAGCUGUUUGUAUGGGUAGUGUUAACACAAAAUAGGGAUUUAAAGGCGUGAUGUUAUUAAUGUUAUGCAUGUAUGUACAUAAUUAUGUAUGUUAAAGAGACGACUGAAAGUUGUCAUACAAAGUCUUUUUUUUUAAGGAUGGGAAAUCAUCAAAUGACCUCUCCCGCUCUGGGUGGAACGGAAGGGAGUGUCAGACUUUUACUGACUAAAACCCACCUCGUUCCUUCAGUUGCCCUUUGCGUUCCGGGGCCACGGUAUCUCGUUAGAACUUUCCCGCAGCCCCGGCUCAGUUUAUCCCGUUUCCCCCCCUUGGGGGUUGACAUUUCAAAAAUCCCUUCUUAGUGCUCACUUAUGUUACUAAAGGAACCUCUGUUCAAAAUCUUAGACUCCUAUACCGAGCGGUUUCGGCUGUGCGUUAAUAAAUCAGUCACCCAAUCGCACCCCCUAAAUCACGAUUGGAGGGUAGUUUGAAAAAACUUAUAAUGUCAAACAUAUUUACUUGCCUAUGUACGUGUUCAUGCCAAGUUUCAAGUUUAUAAACCCAAGGAAUAAGAUUUUUCAUAGAAACGUUUUUACCCCUUUUCACCCCCUUGGGGGUUGAAUUUCCAAAAAUCCUUUCUUAGUGCUCCCCUACAUAUCCCAAGGAACCUACAUUCCAAAUUUCAGCUGUCUACGACCAGUAGUUUCGACUGUGCGUUGUCUGUCAGUCAGUCACUCAGUAACGGAAGAGUUUUAUAUAUAUAAUAUAUAGAUUUAUGGCAACAUUUUAGAAAGAUUGCGUAUUGUAGCCAAUUAUAGGCGAUGCACCAAUUUGUUAUACUUUAUUUUAUGUAUAUUGUAGUAAAAUAUGUAUAACGAUUCAUAUGUAAAUUUAAAAAAAAAAACACAGAAGACAGAAACAAGAAGAUAGUAGAUCUUCUUUAGACUUGUAUAUUUAUUAUGUAAGAAUUAAAAAAAAAAAAGAAUUGUUAGUAUGACAUAUUAAAAAUUCUUUUUUUUAAAUUCUUAUGCACCAUACGAAACUACAAAAAUUUCAACUUUCAGGACUUAUUUCCACUGUGCGUUGUCUGUCAGUCAGUUGGUAAUGGUAGAAUAUACUUAACGUGCGUUCUGUAAGUUUGAUUUUGAGAAAUAGUGGUUUCAAAUCAUAAUAAAAUGUCACAAAAUGAUUGUAAGUAAUACCUCCGUUAAAUUUUUUUUAUUUAAAUUAAUGACAGUUAAUUAUUAUAUUAUGUACUACGGCUAAAAGUUUUUAUUAAUGAAUAAUACACUCAAUGAAUUACUUAAUAAUAGUUAUAUAAUUUUGCAAAUAUAUGCGUGUACUAAAAAAAUAUUUCAUAGAAGCUGUAUUAAGUUAUUUGUAGUCGUAAUGUUACAAUUAAAUUAAUUUUUUUUUUUGAUUUACCAAAGUUAUUAUAGUGCAAAAUACACGGCUCAAAUGUAUUUAGAAAUAUAAAUCUGUAUAGAUUGUUCCUAUCGAUUGAAAUUGUAGAAUAGGUACAACAAGAAGGGUAUAUGUGUAUAUUACGGCCUCUGUGGCGCAGCGGUUGUGCGCUUGUCUGUGAAACAGUAGGUCGAGGGUUCAAAUCCCGACCACGGCAUGAUGAGAAACUUUUUCUGAUUGGCUUGGUUCUUGGAUUUUUAUCUGCUUAUAUAAAUAUUUAUUAUCGUUGAGUCAUUAUCUCGUAACAUAAGUUUCGCACUUACUUUGAGUCUAACUCAAUCUUAAUACUAACUACGUAAAUAAAUCGGUGUUUGUUUUUUUAAUUAUAAACACCGGAUCUGUGCGAUAUAUAAUUUUUUUUAUGAUUUGACUUAUUACGCUUCCCCCGUAAGUACAGAUAUAACCUUCUUGUUACACCGUAGCAAAUAGACGAAAAUGUAUUAAAUUAAUUAUUGUUAUUAUAUGGACCAUUCUGUAUAAUCCAAUAUCGUCAUAAUACAAUGCAUAGUAGACACAUAGACGUAGAAAAAAAGGCAGACGAAGAUUUAGUAUACGGCGAUAUGAAGCACCAAUAGUAUACGCCUCACGCACGCACUCUCACCAAUAGUGUGACAGUCGGCCGCAAGAUGCGUCAUAGAUUAUGUCAUUUUCUGUCAUUCACACAUGCGUACAAUGCCGCCAUUACGAUGCUUCAAUUUUUUUCAAGCCACACUACGUCUGCCUUUUUUACUACGUCUGUAAGUAGACAUUUAAAACUAGCAUAAAAUGUAAUGGCUCGCGAUUAGUUGUCAAAUUAAAACAUCACAAUAUUUGCGUUUUAUUUGUUUAUUUUAUUUUUAACAUACGGCCGUAGAACCUACGUGAAAUCAAAACAAGAAAUACUGUGAUGAGAAAUCUAAGUUCAAGUCUGUGAUGUAUAUCUGUUCAUGUAAAUCUGUUUUCAUUUAUUUAUUUGUAGAUUAAAAUUGCUUUUGACGAAUAAGUUUUUUAUUCGGAUAUUUUUCCCAAA